AUGACUACUGCGGCAACCGUGUCCGGUAAACCACGCCAAAGGGCUUGGAAACCUAAAGCCCGCUCAGGUUGCAAGACGUGCAAAAUACGCAAAGUCAAGUGUGAUGAGGAGAAGCCGCACUGCAGGCGAUGCACUUCAACAGGCCGUACGUGCGAUGGCUACGACCCAAAUUUCAGGCCUGCGCAAUCAUCAACACCCUCUCCACCGGACUCAUCACGAGGCUCGCCUCACUCUGGGUCAAGCUGGAGCCUUACACGAGCUGGAUCGCCAGUAUUCAUUGCGCCAGCCAUGCGGCUUAACAGCAAAGAGGAACGGGAGAGCUUCGAGUUCUUCACCUCCUACGCUGUCUCGAACCUGCGCGGAUUUCUUGACUCGCCUUUUUGGCAGCGAGAAUUGCUUCAGGCCGCUCACCAUGAACCUGCAAUUCAGCACUGCAUCAUUGCUCUGGGUGCCAUGUAUCGACGCUUCUCCGAAGGUAGCGACUCGCACCUCAAGGAAUCUGCCAUGCUGGACAGGUACUUGCAAUUUGCUCUGCGGCAAUCAAAUCAAGCGAUCCAGGAUCUGUUGAGAAAACAGAAAUCGAGCGAGAAGGUAGCUCGAACGGACAAGGUCACCCUUAUGACGUGUGCUAUCCUGUUCACUAGCAUGUGCUGCCUCCAAGGCUACCAAAGAGACGCAAUUGAGCACGUACGUAGUGGCAUACGGAUGUUGAACGAGGCAGAUGAAGAGGAAAACGAGAAAUUUGGUCACCCGAUAGAACUGGAGUCCUUGCGCACUAUCUUUGUGGGAUUCGACACGCAAAUCAGGGCGAUAAUGCCCACGCACCUUUCGCGCACAUGGGUCGCAAAGCCCAAGACAAAAACCCUGAGCGCGUCACCAACUCAUACUUUGAACAUGUCUACACUUCAUGCGAUGCUAGGACACACGCAGAGCUUGAUGAACAGCAUCCAUGCAUUUAACCAGAGGACUAAGCUGCGCCCAGAGGAUGAAGUCGACGAAGCAUAUAACGAACAGACCGAACUCAUCAUGCGUUUCCAUCGAGGCGCAGCCGUCAUGGAACAUCUCUGGAAACAAACCCCUGCUUUCGGCGACGAAUUUCUCCAACCUCUCACCGCUCUGGAGCUCACGCAGGCUCAGAUGGAGUACCUCUUGCGUGAUCCUAGGUCUGACCUGGUAGUCAAAUUUCCCUGUUUGGGUAACUUUAAGCAAGCUCAUGGGCCGUUUAAACAGCCGUUCGAUGUCGCCGCACAGUUUGUACGCAUCUUCGAACUCGCUGCCAAGCUUUUGCCACUAUCAGGUGCUCUAACACCGAUAUUCCAGGCCCCAGUGGGACCAACGUCUGCGCUCUGGCUCAUAGCAGUCCGCGCACCUUCGUCUUGUCAGGUGUUGCGGAAACGUGCUGUACGGCUCAUGCUAAGCCAUCCAAGAAGAGAGGGUUUUUGGGAUGGUAUGCUUGCAGGCCAAAUCGCAGAAGAGGCUUUGCGGCUAGAGCAAGAACGAACGCGAUCAGAGCUAGGUUUACCGGAGCACGACCUGAAUCAAGAUCUAGAAGUGCCGGAGCAUCUACGCAUCAUUGCAUUCUACCUAACUCAUCCGGAAGAUAGUGAUCGUACUGUCAAAGUCGAGUUUUCGGAUGCGCGAGACCUUGCCAUCGGUAUUCCGGGAUCUGUCCGGUGGAUUAGCUGGUAG